CAAAAAUCAAGACUUUGCUCCUGCGGAAAUGUUCAGCUCCUCAUUAAGUUAUGUCAGUCUUAAUGUUUAUGAGUCUUUAUCCAGGAGUUGGAGGCUGUAGGACUGUAGUUUGAGUCGACUUGGUGACAUGGGCGCAUGCACGAAAUAGCCAUUAGCAGAUGGAACUGCCACUCAGUGGGUGUUUCGCGCUUUUCGAACUCUGGAGACUGUUGUGCAUGAAGAUCACAGGACAUCAACAAUUACAGAAACACUUAAACCAGCCCAUCUGGAACCAGCAGUCAUGCCACAGUCAAGAUCACCAAGAUCACAUCUUUUUCCUCAUUCUGGAUGACGCUAGUCACUAAAGGAGGGGGAAAGGGCGGCGUUUCGGGGCCGGGGGCGCAAUUUCCACGACUCUGUGGGACCGAUCCAUCUCCACCUCCUUUCUGAAGUUACACGGCCAGCCCAAGCACAUAAACCGGGCGUUUUUCCCAGCCAUGCAGGUCCAGGAGUGGUUGCGCUCCCUGCGCUCCGGCUCGGGGGUGCGGAUGCUGGACGCCGAGGACCUGCGGAGCCUCAUUCCAUCGCUGCCCUCACUCUCUUCCUUGUCCCUCUCGCCCUCCUCGCUGCUCGGCCUGGGGGCGCUGGCCUCCCUCACCGCCUAUUGGCUGGUCACCCGGCCACGCCCCAUCCGGCCACCAUGUGACCUACACAUGCAGUCCACACCUGUACAGGGGGAGCCCACAUGCCGGCGCUCUGCUCUCCUCAAGGACGAUACGCUGCUGGAUUUCUACUACGAGGACACCAGGACGGCCUACGACAUGUUCCAGAGGGGACUGAGAGUGUCCGGCACUGGGCCUUGCCUGGGCUACAGGAAGCCAGGGGAGCCAUACCAGUGGAUCUCCUACAACGAGGUGUCUGAACGGGCUCGGAUCCUUGGAUCCGGCUUGUUGGCUAAAGGCUGCCAGCCCAAUCCCCAGCAGUUCAUUGGGAUUUUUGCACAGAAUAGGCCAGAGUGGGUCAUCACAGAGCUGGCCUGCUACACCUUCUCCAUGGCUGUGGUGCCCCUCUAUGACACUUUAGGCCUGGAAGCCAUGGUACACAUCCUCAACCUGGCUGAGAUCUCACUGGUGCUCUGUGACCGGGAAGAGAAGGCAGAGUCCCUGCUAGCCAACAUGGAGAAGGGGUUGACGCCCAUGCUUUCCCGCCUGGUGCUCUUCAAUCCCUUCAGCUCCCAGCUUGUGGAGAGGGGAAAGCAGUGCGGUGUGGAGAUUCUGGAGCUUAGGGAGGUCAUGGACCUGGGCCGGCAGAAUCUCAGAGACCCCGUGCCUCCCAGACCCGAAGACCUGGCGGUCAUCUGCUUCACCAGCGGCACCACAGGGAAGCCGAAGGGAGCGAUGAUCACCCACGGCAACAUCGCGUCAAACACCUCCUCCGUCAUCAAGAUCCUGGAGGGGUCAUUUGUGAUUCAGCAAGAGGAUGUGUCCAUAUCCUACCUGCCCCUCGCCCACAUGUUCGAGCGCAUGAUCCAGGUCUCGAUGUUCUGCCACGGAGCCAGGGUAGGCUUCUACCAGGGGGACAUCUCUCUGCUGAUGGACGACAUCAAGACCCUGAAGCCUACGUUCUUCCCUGUGGUCCCACGGCUGCUGAACCGCAUCUACGACAAGAUUUUGGGUUCGGUGACCUCCCCCCUGAGGCGGGCGGUGCUCCAAUAUGCCGUCCGCAGGAAGCAGGCGGAGCUCAGCAGUGGGGUGGUGCGUAACAACAGCCUCUGGGACCGACUGUUAUUCAACAAGAUCCAGGCCAGCCUGGGGGGGAAUCUCCGAUUCAUCCUGACUGCCUCCGCCCCCAUCUCUCCUACUGUGCUGUCCUUCCUGAGAGCCACACUUGGCUGUCUGAUCUUCGAGGGUUACGGGCAAACGGAGUGCACAGCUGGCUGUACUUUCUCCAUGCCUGGCGACUGGACUGCAGGCCACGUUGGCGCUCCCCUUCCCUGCGCCAUGGUGAAACUGGCCGACAUCCCUGACAUGAACUACUAUGCCAAGAACAGGGAGGGAGAGAUCUGUAUCCGGGGUCACAGCGUGUUCAAGGGAUACCUGCGUGACGAGGCGACGACGGCCGAGACGCUGGACUCCGAGGGCUGGCUGCACACAGGCGACGUGGGACAGUGGCUGCCCAAUGGGACUCUACGCAUCAUCGACAGGAAGAAGCACAUCUUCAAGCUGUCCCAGGGCGAGUACAUCGCCCCAGAGAAGAUUGAGAAUGUCUACACGCGCUGUGUCCCUGUCCUUCAGGUCUUCAUCCAUGGAGACAGUUUGCAGUCUUACCUGAUCGGUAUAGUCGUGCCAGACCCUGAAGUGUUCACAGAGUGGGCCCGAGAGAGGGGCAUUGUGGGAACCCAUGAAGAGCUCUGCCAGAAUCCAGACGUGAAGAAAGCCGUUCUAGAGGACAUGACAGCAGUGGGGAAGGAGGCCGGUCUCAAGUCCUUCGAGCAGGUGAAAGACCUGCACCUGCACCCAGAGGUCUUCAGCGUGAGCAACGGUCUGCUCACCCCCACCUUAAAGAGUCGCCGUGCCGAUAUCCGCAGGUUCUUCCAUGAGCAAAUCUCACAAAUGUACAGCAAGUCGCCCAUUUAGCGAGGCCCCCCAGGGGUGCGCACACACUCGCCGCACAUACCCUUAACCCUGUACUCGGUGAGGGGGGGGCAGUCCCCCCUGAAGUAGUGUUCCAUCGGAGACCCGCACGUACGUCGCCUUGCAGCUCACACUUAGAUUCGCAGUUUUGCUGCGAUGGAUGCGCGUAGGUCCCCUGUAGCUGAUAUUCAGAACUCAUGAACACAGAAAGCAUCUGCCUUUGCUGCCGGGAGCAGCGCGUGGACCUCAGGGUGAGACGCGGUGGUGUUAUGGGUGUAGUUCAAGAUGGCUGGGGCCCCUGUGACACCACCCCAUUUGGGGCUGCAGGGCCCCAAACUCGACAGAUGGGCACGGGUGAACCACAAGCAGAGCGGAUGCACUUUACUAAGCAGUAGACCUCUCCUGUAAAGCAGUUACAACUAUUGUCACCAGCCCCAGAUUCUGGACCUACAUAGGAAAGUGCUUUUUUUUUGAGAGAGAAAAAUCCAUCAUCGUGAGGUUAAAUGAUUUUAGGUACUUGUCUUUUUUUAAUGUGUUCGGUGACCAUCUCAUCAUCAGGAUGUGUGUUUCAUAGCCAGAUUCCCAGCACCGGCAUUUCGGACUCGGACUGGGCGGAGCCUCUGGCCUUCCCAGCGUCACAACAAAACCGCUUCACGCUCAGAUGCAGCACAUCUGUAACUGCAGGGGACAUUUUAAAGACUGUAAAUACGGAGCGUGACAAACUGUAAACAAUGUGAAACUAAUUCCUGUACUUGUAGAGUCCCGUUUGGUGGUUUGAGUUAAUGGAAUAAAAUAUGAUUAUGGAUU